CUUCAAGACUUGAGGAGCAGAACAUUUGAGCUGAUCUAGUAUUCAAACGUCGAUACAGUGUCGCCACUUGCGUAUCCUCCGCACCACCAAUACUGAUACUUGGGAUCCCCAAAGUGAAGUACCGCAUACAUUCACGCAAAUUCUUCACAGGGCGCCGAUCAUCAUAAGCCAUGUCUCCAGCUCGAGCAGUGGACUCGCUGAAGGCAAUCACACCGCGGCCAGUGGAGAUGCAGGUACUGUGCCUAGGCCUUUCCCGUACUUCGACCAUGACGAUGAUGACGGCGAUGAAUCAAUUGGGUUACAGAUGCUAUCAUAUGUUAGAGACAGGAGAUAGUCAGAAUAUCAGAGAACGGCAUUCAUUGUGCUGGCGCGAGGCACUUGACUACAAGGUCAAUGGGAAAGGCACCGCCUAUACCGGUAAAGACUUUGAUAAGAUACUCCAACAUUACAGCGCUGUCGCCGAUAUGCCUUGUGUUAACUUCGCCGACGAGCUUGUAGCUCAAUUUCCCAAUGCCAAAGUCGUCUUGACUCAGCGAGACCCUGAUGUUUGGGUCAAAUCAGUAGAGAACACAAUCUACUAUGUGCUCAGUUGGAGAAUUUGGCGUCUACUCUGUUAUCUUGAACCGGACGGUAUAGGCACAAUACGCGAUUGUCUUGAGCUCGCACUCGCCGAUUGGACCUCCCCUCAUCCAUACACCGAUCGCAAAGCACUCGCCGAGUACAUGCCAGUUCAUACGGCCCACAUCCGCUCUCUCGUACCUCAUGGAUACCUGCUCGAGUUCCACCCCAAAGAUGGCUGGGAGCCACUAUGCAAAUUCUUAGGCAAGGAAGUUCCCGAUCGCCCAUUCCCCUUUGUAAAUAAAGGACGCAAUGCGGCAAACAUAAUCAAGAUUGGGAUUGCUGUUUGGGCAGUCAAGAGGAGUUUCCCAUAUUUGGUGGGGAUUGGAGUACUUUGGGCCGCUUGGAAAUGGGCAGUGCCAAGUUGAUGGAGCUACAAGUAUGAUGUGCAGUCUAUCUAGACGAGUCGUCGCUUCAAUGCAUAGAGCAAAUUUUCACUAAAACUUCACUUGACGAUAUCUCCUUCACUGGAUAGCAAGG